GUUAGUUUCGGUUCUUGACGCCAUUGCGAUUAUGUGUUCAACGUCGGGUGUCUCUGCCUUGCACAUAAUGAUGUACCCUUGGUUCGCAAUGGGUCACCUCACGCCAUUCAUGCACUUGGCCAACAAACUGGCAAGAAGAGGGCACAAAAUCUCAUUCCUGAUCCCCGCCAGGACGCAGCCCAAGUUGGAGCCCUUCAAUCUCCACCCUAAACUCAUUGUCUUCGUGCCGGAUCACCGUGAGGGCCUUCCCCCUGGGGCUGAAACGACUUCCAACAUGCCCUCCCCAUUGCACUCGCUCAUCAUGACUGCAAUGGACCGUACCGAGAGUGAUAUCCGUCUCUUGCUCCGCGAUCUGAAGCCUCAGGUCGUCUUCUAUGACUUCGCCUACUGGAUGCCAGGCCUAGCUCGGCCCCAGGGUCCCUUCCAUCUCUACUGUAGUGUCAGUACAGCCACAGAAGGUUACUUACUCUGUCCUACUAGGCAGGCCGAGGUGGACAAGCACGAGCUGGCUCAUGAGCAGGAAUAUCCCGAUGAGUCCAUCAAGCUCCACAUCCAUGAGGUGAGACACAUUGCUCAGAUGGCGUUCAUGACGUAUGGUAGUAACAUGCGGUUUAUGGAUCACUUGCUCACCAGCCGGAGUGAGGCUGCUGCUCUGGCCUUCAGAUCAUGUCAAGAGAUUGAGGGUCCGUAUAUUGAGUAUGUUAGGAGCCAGUUUGGGAAGCCUGUCCUUCUCUCUGGCCCCACCAUACCCGAACCACCGAUUUCCUCUUUGGAUGAGAAGUGGUCCCGCUGACUAGCACAUUUCGAGCCCGGCUCUGUGGUUUUCUGUGCCUUGGGGAGCGAAUGGACCUUAAAGAAAGAUCAGUUUCAGGAACUUGUGUUGGGUCUAGAACUCACAGGCCUACCUUUUCUGGCAGCACUGAAACAUCCGAUCGAAUGCGACUCUGUUGAUUCAGCCCUCCCAGAAGGAUUUGAGGAGAGGACCCGAGGGAGAGGAGUAGUUCACGGUGGAUGGAUCCAGCAACAGCUGAUACUGGAGCACCCAUCCAUCGGAUGCUUCAUCACUCACUGCGGGUCAAACUCGAUACUCGAGGCACUAGUAAAUAAGUGCCAGCUUGUGCUUCUUCCACACGUGGGUGAUCAUAUCUUCAUUGCGAGGAUGAUGAGCAGGAACCUCAAGGUGGGAGUGGAAGUAGAGAGAGGUGAGGAAGACGGCUCCCUGAGAAAGGAAGCUGACUGCAAUGCGGUGAGGACAGCAAUGGAGGAAGGAAGUGAACGAGGGAGAGAGGUCAGAGCAAAUCAUGCCAAGAUACGAGAAGUGCUGCUCGACAAAGGAUUAGAGUUAUCUUACAUGGAAAGCUUUGAAAAAGAGCUCCAAAAUCUAAUCCAGCAGUGA